UUCAUUUUUUUUAACUGAAUCUGCAGAUUUACUCCCAUAACUGAUAGUUUACAUUCACGGUUCGAUCAUCCAACACAGUCAAGCACUAGCGUCUGUCUUGAAGACAGCCCUAGAAGGAACCAUCAUGAAGUCCAAAGGUAUAUGCCAUGAAUUUGCCAGGUCCGGGACCUGCAGGUUCAAAAAGUGCAAAUACCUUCACGAGAAAAGCUCUCGCGUGCCGCAGAAUAUCGACAGGAAGGAGCAACCCAAAUCAAAGUCUGCGAUACUAUCGGAUUCAGAGAAAGAACUUCGUGCUUGGCAAAGAAAUAUCCCACGAGAUACCGAGAGCGUACGGCCACUCCGUGGAAAACUCGCUGCAUUCUUCCAGGAAGCACGUCGUUUGAUCGAGAUCGACGUCGGAUCGCUACAAAGCGUGAUCAAAUGCCUUUCUCAAGAAGGUGGUCUACGGCGUGUCCAUGAGCUUAUCGAUCAGGACUUCGAUCUCAUGUUGAUUCCAUCUAGAAAAGAGGAAGUCUUCAAGACUCAGAUCCUUCCCUUCUUUGAGAUAGUCUCCCAUCCCAAUGUUCUAUCGUCCUUGAUCAUAGAACAAUCACUUGGUACUAUCUAUAACUUUCUAUAUGGAAUUGAGGGAACCAGGGCUUCGACUUUGUUCAAGUACGUUGGUGAUGUCUUGGCAAAUGCGACAGUGGAUGAAGACUAUGUGGCACGAUUCGAAGUAUCCGUCCAUGUGUUUUCUCGAAUCGUGGACUUGAACUCGAACGCGUUCAUACAUGAAACUCUGAAGACGCAGGCUACGAGGAUUGAAGAAAUAUUGCUCUCUCUAAACCAAUCUAGGCGUUCUCUCAAUCUUCAUUAUGCGACUGUCUACUUGAAACGACUCCUUGACCGAUUUGGAAUCGGAACACGCUUGCCAUCGGCCCUUGCAGCAGACGAAGGGAAUAAGAAUCAAAGACAGAAGGGUAACAGAAAAGUCCCAUCUUUCAUUCUUCAGCGCGAGCCACCGGGUGGUCGCCACGACAAUGACCACAUGGACAUAUGCGAUAUUCGUAUAUUGCCGAGCUAUCAAGAAAUAUCCAGUACCCGCCAGGAGUAUUUACCCGUUACUGAUCCAUCGCAAUGGCACGUUGAUGGUGUAGACGGCCUCCUGGACCGGAACUUUCGCCUACUGCGAGAAGAUACUGUUGGACAACUUCGAGAUGCAAUCCACCAAGAAAUUCACCGGCCCCUUCACACUACUAAGAUACAGAGGAAGACUCAACAGCGCACCUAUGUAUAUCAUGACGCGCGAAUCAAUCAGUUCUCCUGGGAUCAGAUCUCAGGUCUUCGUUUCCAGGUAGUCUUUCCACAACCCGUGAACGUGCGCAAUUUACCACAGCGGGAGCUCGAGGCUUGGUGGAAAAUGUCUAAACGACUACAGUAUGGUGCUCUUGUCUGUUUGAUGCUGAAGGAUCAAUUCAUCGUUUUCUGCACCGUCACCGAAUCUCGAGGAUCCGCACCUCACAAUGGAACACAGAAGACACAAACGCAAGAACAGACUGUGAGUACGAUACUCUGGAACAACGUACCAAUGGCUUCGGUGAUGCUGGAGCUUGUCGACAAAAGGGCAAACAUUUUUCAGGCAAUCCUUGACCAGUACACAUCUACGGCACCUCCUUUCGCUCUUAUUGAAUUUCCUGGUGUCCUCCUUCCUGCGUUCGAGCCAACACUUCGUGCGCUUCAAAGUAUAAAAAAGGCCAGAAAUCUUGCUCUCUCGGAGCUCCUUGUAUUUACCGGUGAAAAUUCUACCAUUGAAGCAGUUUCUUUGGCUCCACCGGUCUAUGCCUUGAAGCCUGGAUUCGCUUUUAACCUACGCUGUUUGACUAAUACCGAAACGGACUUCCUAGUCUAUCCUGAUCAGCCAGCAGAUACCUCAUAUCUGCAACAACAUUCCAGUCUUGAUGAUUCUCAGGCUGCAGCUUUAGUCUCCAGCCUCCAGCGUCGCAUCGGGUUGAUUCAAGGCCCUCCCGGGACUGGGAAGAGCUAUACGGGUGUAGCCCUCAUUAAGACGCUGCUAGCAAACCGACAUGGUGGAACUCACCUUGGACCAAUUAUAUGCGUCACAUAUACCAACCAUGCUCUUGACCAGUUGCUCGAGGCUCUCAUAGACAAAGGUGUCACGUCCAAUAUUGUCCGUAUCGGAUCCCAGUCUAAAUCAGAGAGGCUAGCGAAAUACAAUAUACGGACUAUUUCGCGUGGAGUUGAGAGGACUCGGAUGGAAAAAGCUCAGCAGUGGGACUUGCACCGAAAGUUAGAAGAAAUCGAGGAAGACUUCAACAGACUCCGUCUCAAAAAGAAGAUUUCUGGUGCCCGUCUGAAGUAUCAUCUUCACAACGAACAUUCAUAUCAUUAUAGGAACCUAUUUGGACUGGAUGAAGAUGGAUUUCGUGAGGCUCGCAAUGAUGAAAAUCCAGGUGCCAACAUCAACAAGUGGCUACAUGGAGGCGCACGGGGAAGUCCGAUCAUUCGCCCUCUGGAACAACUGGAGUCAUUGAACCUUUUUCACAUAUCUCGUGACGAGCGCCAGGCCUUGUAUAAUCACUGGAUUGGAGAGAUCAGAGAAAACUUACAUGAUCAGGUGGUUCAGCUUUCCUCAGAUCACUGCAAUGCAAAGGCUGAGUUUGACGGCGUUCGCGACGAACUAAACCUGCGAUGUCUGAAUCAAGCGGAUAUCAUUGGCCUCACUACCACGGGUCUAGCACGUAACAUGAAUAUGCUGCGAAGGCUUCAGAGUAAAGUCAUGCUAUGCGAAGAGGCUGGAGAGGUUCUGGAAGCACAUCUGCUGACGGCUUUAUUGCCGUCUAUAGAACAUCUGAUCCUCAUCGGUGAUCAUCUCCAGUUACCCCCCAAGGCUCAGAAUUAUGAUUUGUCACGAGAGAACCCUCAUGGAGGCGAGCAAUACUCGCUAGAUGUCUCAUUGUUCGAGCGCCUAGUAAUGCCAACUGAUGUCAUGGGCUCGGGUCUCCCUUUUAGCACAUUGGAAACCCAACGUCGUAUGCACCCGUCCAUUGCCCAAUUAAUUCGGGAUACUCUUUACCCGAAGUUGAGCGACGCUCCAUCUGUUUCGGAAUACCCUGAAGUUAUCGGCGUCAAAAAGAGGCUAUUUUGGCUUGACCACAGGAAUCUCGAGAUGGACGCGUCAAAUAUCGAUGCUAUGGCGACGUCCCAUUGGAAUCAGUACGAGAUUGACAUGACUACGGGGCUAGUGAACCAUUUAAUUCGCCAGGGCACAUACAAAAGCACUGAUAUAGCUGUCCUGACCCCAUAUCUUGGACAGCUUCACAGACUCCGGCAGAGGCUUGGUCAGUCAUUUGCAAUCACACUCGGUGAACGGGACCAGGACGAGCUCGAAAAGUCCGGAUUUGAAGGAGAGAACAGUGCAGCAGCUCCAGCCAUGAGAACUACAUUACUUCAAGCCCUUAGGAUCGCCACCGUGGACAACUUUCAAGGGGAAGAAGCCAAAGUGGUUGUCAUUACGCUAGUCAGAAGCAACCCCCAAAACCGAUGCGGCUUCCUGCGCACUUCAAAUAGGAUCAACGUACUGCUCUCCCGAGCACAGCAUGGAAUGUACAUCAUUGGGAACUCACUAACUUAUGCCCACGUUCCAAUGUGGUCCAAUGUGGUUGACAUCCUCCGUCAAAGCGGCAAUAUCGGUACGAUGCUAGAACUACAGUGUCCUCGACACCCAGAAACACCAAUUUCCGUAUCUCGCCCAGAUGAUUUUCCACGAGUUUCACCCGAGGGAGGUUGUGACCUUCGAUGUGUUCACCGUCUGUCAUGUGGUCAUGCCUGUCUGCAAAAGUGCCAUUCUGACAAUUUGCACAAUGCGGUCUACUGUCUGGAGCCCUGCCAACGACCACUUAAGGGAUGUGCUCAUGGGUGUCCCAAGAAGUGUGGUGAUCCUUGCCCAUCGAAAUGCACAGCCAAUGUCUUCAAAAAAGACAGAAUACUCGGAUGCGGUCACUCAAUGCAGAACCUGCCAUGUUGGCAAAGCCAGGACCUGUCUACCGUGCGUUGCACAGUGCUUGUCGAGAAAGAAGUACCUACUUGCCAUCAUACUGCCAGUAUUCCUUGCCACGUUGAUGUCGCAUCACUUGGAUAUUCCUGCAAAAUGCAAUGUCGUCAGUUAUUACCAUGUGGCCACAGUUGCCAGAACCGAUGUAUGGACUGCAUUACCAAGGACGCAGCUGGUAAUGUUCAGAUUAACCAUGGCAUCUGCAAACACCAAUGUGGUCGAAAUCAAUCCACAUGUGCACAUGUGUGUACUACACCAUGCCACGGUGAUAGCCCAUGCCCUCCUUGCGAACUACCAUGCGAUGUACACUGCGGCCAUUCCAAGUGUAUGCGAAAGUGCUAUGAACCAUGUGCUCCUUGUGCCGAAGAAAGGUGCCUUUCUACCUGCCCACACAGCACGUGCACGAUGCCUUGUGCCGCACCCUGUGAUCACGUUCCAUGCUCGCGUCGAUGUGAGAAACUACUUGCAUGUUGGCAUCAAUGUCCAUCUGUUUGCGGGGAAGCCUGUGUAACCCCUGCCUAUUGCCAGAUAUGUGCCAGUGAGGAUGUUCAAAACCAGGUGGUUGAUUUCAUCCUUGGAGAGACCUACAAAGAGAUAAACCUGGACGAAAACCCAUGCAUCUUCCCCAAAUGUGGUCAUUUCCUCACCAUGGAGAACAUGGAUGCGCUGAUGGAACUGAGGCGACAUUAUAAAGUUGACGCUGAUGGGAAACCCAUUGCCAUUUCAUCCACAUCAGAUCCAUUCUCCAUGGAAGAUAUCAAGAGGUGUGCACAUUGUCGUGGUCCACUAAGAGAUAUCGCCCGAUACGGUCGCCUCGUGCGUCGUGCUCUUUUAGACGAGUCCACGAAGAAGCUGAUUGUCUCGAUGAAUAGAGAAUAUGUGCCUCUUGCACAGGAAGUCUCACAGCAGAUACAAUUACUCCAAGACACGAAUAUUGGUGAAAGGAAACUUCCUUGGCCCAAGUCCAUCCAAAUCAGAGGUACACGCAGUGAGCAGUGUAAGAAGAUGAGGCAAAUCAUGAAUCAACUAGUCCCAGGAAGGUGGAAGGCAAUCCUCGAUGUCCGCGGACGUAUUCAUGAUUACUGUAAUCGUGUCGCUUUGGAGGAGCAACCUUUGAUCCGAGUUUAUAACAUGGUUGAGUAUGCACGGCGUCGCAAUAUCACGUCCAGAUCGUUCGAGUUUGACAACAAUAUGCUACAAACGAAGGGUCUGUUACAGGGGACCGCACUCAGCCUCCGCGUGGACAUUGCUUUGCUCUCAGAUCUGUUGACGUUGAAACAGCGGACCUCUGGGGCUGAUUAUCAGGCUAAAGUUGAAAUUUCUUUAGAAGAAUCGAUGACAGACUGUCGAAACUUAAUACGUACGGCAGAGAAUUCACAACGCGUCCCUCAGCAAGUCGAGGGCCAUAUCUUCCUCGCACAGCUCCACGCUCUAGAGCGUUCUCAUGCUACAUCUGCUGCUGCCGGGGAGGAGCAUUUCAAGCAUUGCCGGGCAGCUCUGGAUCAAGCACGAUUGCUUUGUGAUUCCCAUCCUGGACAAGCAAAAGGGCUGUCAGAAGAAGUCGAAGGAGUCGAAAAGAUGCUUACCGGUUCCACAUUCUAUACGACUGUCACGAGCGAAGAGCGAAUGGCGGUUGUUCAGGCCAUGGCCAGGGAGUUCAGCGGCACUGGACACUGGUACUAUUGCCGCAAUGGACAUCCUUUCACCAUUGGGGAGUGUGGAGCUGCCAUGCAAAGGGCCGCAUGCCCAGAAUGCGGUGCACCCGUAGGGGGCCAACACCAUCAAGCUGCUGAAGGAGUAACGCACGCGUCGGAUAUGGAGAGGGAGUUCGCCCGGAUGAAUUUGUAA